CUUCAAAUAAUUCUCUUCCAACUCUUCUCUCCUAAAAAUGCAUCCCUCUUCGUUGCCAUUCAAGUUGUGGUUCUUUAUCUUCAUUCUAAGCUUGCUCUUCAAUUUCUCUCCCAAAUAUGUGUUUGCCAACAGUUUCUUGAGCUGCAGUUUUCUAGCUAGCUGUGGAAGCAUCUCGAAUAUCAGUUAUCCUUUUUGGGGAUUGGAAUUGGAUCGGCCGGAAAGCUGCGGAUACCCUGGAUUCCGGAUCGACUGCAACGAUAAUGAGCCGGAAAUCACGAUCAUGAAUGUUACAUACCGAGUUCUUGAAAUAAACAAUACUUCGAAAACCCUUAACGUUUCUAGAACCGAUUACCGUGACAAUAAUUGUCCCACUGCUUUCCAAAACUCCACUUCCGGAAACAGCCCUUUUCGAUACGCCCCGGAUACUCGGUAUAUAAGCCUGUAUUAUGGUUGUCAGCCUCCCACAGUUGCAGAAAAUCUCACAUCAAACACGCAGAUUUCCAAUCAAUUCGAAUGCACAAUAAGCGAGAGAAACAUGAUAGCUUAUUAUGCGAUAGGGGACUUCAGGGGAACUGCCGUCGGCGAUUACUUGGGAUUGUGCAGUGACAGUGUGAUUAUUCCAGUCCAGAAUUCUCAAAUUUCGUUUUUGGAGGAAAACCAGAAUCCGAGGGCUUUGGAAGAAGCGGUGGAAGUUGGGUUCUUUUUUCAGUGGUCUGCAAAUGAUAGCCAGUGUGAUGCUUGUUUAAACGACGGCGGUCAGUGCGGGUUUAACCUCACCACAGAUGAAUUUGAAUGUUACCACUGCCCUGAAUCAGAAAGCGAUCUUUGUACCAAAAGGUCUCCAGGUACAUCUUCGUUCUAUGUUACGCCUGUUGAAAUAUCUCGUGAACUGAUGAACAAUUCCGAUUAAGAUAUUGUUGUUCCGGCCAAACAGUUUAGUGUUAGGUGCA